UCCGUUUUAACAGUCUAAACAACUUGUUUAUCCACUUGAUUUGCUUGUCUAUUUGUGUUGUUAGUACUGAGUGAACCUGUAGUCUAGUAAAAUUACGGUUUAACCAAGCAUUCAUUUUAGAAUAGAAAAAUUUUUUUCUAUUCUAUAAUUAUUGAUUGAUAAGAUUGGGGUUUUUCGUGUUUUUACUGGACUACUGGUAUUAGGAAUAACGAGGCCUGGAUCGUACCCCACCAUGCAAUGCGUUCCACUGCAUGGCGCAUUACUUCAUAUUUAGCAAAUUUAGAUGUUAUGUUUGUUACAAAAAUUGAAAGAUUCAUGUAUUGUUCUGCACGUUAUAAAUUCGCAGCCAUUACUUUCAAGAUUCGCAAUGAAACUUAAGUAUCCGAGCAUUUACUUGUCGCAGAAGCUGAAGGAGUUAGGAUUACGUGUUGGUAGAAAUCCUAUUUACUUUAUCGUCGUUCCACUGUUUGUAUCCAUGGUAUUAGCUACGGGUCUUCACAAGUGGCACGACGAAAGGAACAUGAAAUAUUUAUUUGGACCCAAGAAUACCAGACAUGUUACAGAAGAAGAAAUUAUAGCAAGACUAUUUCCUAUGAAUUUAUCUUCCAAUGCAUACAUGGAAAGGAUGAACAGAGAACCAAAUAUAGCAGUAGUCCUAGUUACAGCCAAAGACGGAGGAUCAAUGCUUCGAAAAAAAGUAUUUCGAGAAAUUAUUCAACUAGAUGAAAUUAUUCAAAAUAUAAAAACUGCGGACAAUUUCACAUACAAAGAUUUGUGCGCACGAAAUAACAAAAGAUGCUUCGAGAAUUCUAUUUUAUUCAUGCAAAAUGAAGUGGAAAUGAUGGAAAACAAAACUUAUACUAUUAAAUAUCCUUUACACGAAAUAAGUCGAUACGAGUAUCAACUGAACAGUUUAUUUUUAGGAGGUGUACAAAAAACUCCAGAAGAUUACGUGAAAAGCGCGAAAGUGUUGCGACUCUUUUACUACUUAAAUGAUGAUUCGAGUAUUGAAAAAAACAGAGUAGAAGAAUGGCAAAGUUUGUUUUUGGAUCGUAUUGAAUCAAGUAAUUUUGAGUACAUAAUCGUCGAUCGAUUCACGUCGAUUACAAUCGAACAGGAACUAUUUAAAGUGUUGUAUCGUUUACUUCCUCAACUUCCGAUUUCAAUGUUAGCAGUAGUAAUCUUUUCAAUGCUGACUUGUCUGUAUAACAGUUGGAUCGAGAGCAAACCUUGGAUCGGAGUCAUUGCAUUAAUAUCGGGAGGAAUGUCUUUGGCUUCGUCAUUUGGAUUGAUCAUGUAUUUUAAUACACCGUUUGUGGUUCCAGCUGGAUCUAUACCCUUUCUAAUUAUAGGUAUAGGCAUGGACGACGCCUUUAUCUUUUUAGCUGCGUGGAAAAAAACCGACCCAGAGAAGACCGUACCGGACAGACUCUCAGAAGUUUAUUCGGAAUCCGCCAUUUCUGUUACCGUAACUUCAGUAACGAAUUUCAUAGCCUUUACUUCAGGAUUGUUCACCCCUUUCAGAGCCAUAUCUUAUUUUUGCUUAUACGCUUCUAUUGCUAUUGUCUUCUGUUACGUUUAUCAGAUAACGUUUGUUGGUGCUUGCAUGGCAGUCUUUGGAUAUGUGGAGAAACAAGAAAGACAUUCUUUAUUCUUUACGAAAAUAAAUACUCAGAAAGAAAACCGUUCUUGGAUUCGAAAGUUUCUAUUUUCUACACAAUCUUGGAAAUCUACGAAAAAUAAUGUUGCUCUUACGUCAUCAAUUUUCAUUCGAUUCGGUUAUAUUUUAUCAAUUUGGUACGUGAAAAUAAUUAUUUUCUUCAUCAUCGCCGGAUAUGUUGUUGUAGCACUCUGGGGCUUAACUAACACCCAUAUUUCCGGGUCAUUUUCUUAUUCAGCGACAUAUGAUUCAUAUUUUCUAGAAUAUCAUAAAAAAAUUUUUAACAAUUUCAAUCACUACGAAUACAGAUUCCAAAUUGUUAUCGAUCAAGAAAUAAAUUACGCAGAUGUACAAAUUCAGAAUGAAAUAGAGAAUUUUUUCUCAGAAAUGGAAAGAGAAGGAUUAAUUGCAGAUUUUCUUACCGAGUCUUGGCUCAGAUCCUAUUUGAAAUUCCUCAAGGACCAAAGAAUGUCUCCAAUUCUAAAAUCGUUUAACAUAAGCGAUACAAAGGAUUUUAUCUCAAUUUUGCGCAGUGUUUUUCUACGUCAUCCUUCUGCACGACGAUUUCGUAAUGAUAUUGCAUUCAACUCUGAUAACUCAGCUAUCGUGGGAAGCAGAUUUCUUUGUCAAACUAAACUUACUACGGAAGAAUCGUUACGUUUAAUUUUUAUAAACAUGAGGAAACUUACUGAAAAAAUGCCUUUUAAAGCAUUUCCGUAUCACGUUUUGUCUUAUUGGACCGAUAGCAUUGAAUUGCAUGUAAAAUUUACUGCGCAAUUGUUGAGUAGUGCGGUGAUCAUCAUAGUUAUUGUUUGUUUCGUUCUUAUGCCAGACAUCGUUGUCAUGUUUUCGGUUUGUUUUUCCAUUGUUACUAUAGAAAUUUCCACCUUGGGUUACAUGGCUCUGUGGGAUGUCGAAUUGACACCAGUGUCUAUAAUCGUUUUAGUCAUGUGCGCUGGUUUUUCAGUCGAUUAUUCUGCUCAUAUAGCUCAUGCUUAUAGACACUAUGAUAGUGAAGAUCCCAAUGAACGUCUUCGUCAUAGUAUAAGUUCUAUCGGAUACGCAAUAUUUCAAGGUAGCGCAACAACAAUAAUCGCCGUGUUACCUUUAGCCAUUCCUUUGGCUUAUAUAUUUGUUGCGACUUUUAAAAUAAUUUUUAUGGUUAUUUUAUUUUCCGCCAUUAAUGCUCUGAUAUUUUUGCCAGUUCUUCUGUCUACGUUGAAUCACGUCAAAUUGAAAAUAUGCGACAGAAAGAAACGGAAUAAAAAUCUUGAUACAGUUGAUGGGCAUACAAAUGUCGGUUUUUCUGUUUCAGAAACAACAACAUAAAUGUCGUAUAAGAUGAAUAUUCGUGUUCUUUCUCUUUUGAAAGCAUAUAACUCUCUGUAUUCGAGAUGGUUAUGUUUUUGGAAAUUUCUGCAACACCAAAAAGAAGGUUUACGAAAAAGUCGAAUUAGGUUUCUGUGGAUUUGUUGUUGAACUGAAGCAUGUUUCUGUCUCGAAAAUACUUAAACUUUUGCAGAUGAUUCAAUAAGCUAAUAAACUAAUUAAUGUUUUUUAAAUUAAUCAUAUGUUUAAUUAUAUUAAUUAUUAGUCUUACAUUUUAAGAGGAUUGUUGAGGAGUGAAACAAUUUGGAAAAGCUGAGUUAAUAAUGUUUGAUGUGCUUUUAUGUUCAUGUCCUUUAAAACUUCAACAACACUAUGGUCAGCAAUAAGGUCUGGUUUUUGUAACUUCUUGCACACACUAUAAAUGGUACAAUUUUUGAAAGCUUAGAAGCUUUCAUUGUGAAUAUUGCCGUUUUUCCUGUUCAUUAUCUUCGUUGUCCAGUUCGACAUCCGUGGAUUCUAAAUCUCUUCGGUAUAGAGCAGUGUUUUUCAACCUUUUUCAUUGAGUGGCACCCCUGAUUGAAAAAUAAAAAAUCGUGAUAUCCUUGACCAGCGGCGGAUCUGAAUAAGGGGGCUAAUGGGCCAGAUAAAUUUUUUGCGAAAACGAAUAUUACGCGCAACGCUGGGGUGGGGUCCGGGGAGGGAGUUUCCUCCCCGGGAAGAAAACUUUUAAAAAUAGACAAUUUGAAGUAGCAUUU